UCACCGGCCUGCUAAUAUACGCCUCCGUGCGCAAUACGCACACUCCCUCCCCACGUCCUCAUUACAAGUUUCAUGGCCUCCAGCCAAGAAAACGAUCAUUCCUAGAACCCACCAAAACUAUGCGUAAUACGCACUGUUGUUCUAUCCUAUAAACAACACCUCCCCUGUUCUUCCUCAUAUACAUAUACAUAUACAUAUAAACGCAUAUAUAUAUAUAUUUGUGUAUACAUAAAUUUCAUGUAUGAACGUAAUAUGAUGGAUGGUGAAAAACAAAUGUUUGGUGCGAUGAUGGGUGGGUAUACCAGGCCAACAUGGGCGUUCUUGUUAUUGAUAUUCACGGUUAUAGCUGUUUCUUGCCUUCAAAUCACCACAAAAAGGGUAUUUCCGAUACGGCCCGAGUUGGUUCAGGAUAAUACCGGGCUUUCCGAUAGGGUCGGGUGGCCGAGCUGUGUCUGGUUUUUCCGUCACGCGCCGCCGAGGAAGGUGGUGAUGUCGAUAAGGGAUUUUGGGGGCGUCGGUGAUGGGAACACUUCGAAUACGGCGGCGUUUCAGCGGGCGAUACGGCACUUGGAGAAGUUCAUGGAGAGAGGUGGGGCCCAGCUCAAUGUUCCGAGGGGAAGGUGGGUCACCGGUAGCUUCAAUCUCACCAGUAAUUUUACGCUCUUUCUAGAAGAAGGUGCUGUUAUAUUGGGUUCUCAGGACCCAGAAGAAUGGCCAAUUAUAGAGCCGUUACCUUCUUAUGGAAGAGGGAGAGAAAGGUUGGGGGGGAGGCAUAUAAGCCUCAUCCAUGGAGAUGGUCUCACUAAUGUUGUCAUUACAGGACAGAAUGGGACCAUUGAUGGCCAGGGAAAGAUGUGGUGGGAUCUAUGGUGGAACAGAACAUUGAAGCACACCAGAGGCCACCUCCUUGAGAUGAUGUCCUCACAUAACAUACUCAUCUCCAACCUCAACUUCCUUAAUUCUCCUUUCUGGACCAUCCAUCCUGUUUAUUGCAGUAAUAUUGUGAUCAAAGAUGUGAAAAUCCUGGCUCCUCUCAAUUCCCCAAAUACCGAUGGCAUAGACCCAGAUUCAAGCACGCAAGUGUGUAUUGAAGACUGCUACAUUGAAAGCGGGGACGAUCUUGUUGCGGUGAAGAGUGGUUGGGAUCAAUAUGGUAUCACCAUGGCCCGUCCAAGCUCAAACAUUAUUAUAAGGAGAGUCUCGGGCACAACUCCAACUUGUUCUGGGGUGGGAAUUGGCAGCGAGAUGUCUGGUGGGAUUUCAAAUGUCACUGUGGAGGAUUUGCAAGUUAGAGACUCCGCAGCUGGGGUGCGAAUAAAGACAGAUAACGGGAGGGGAGGAUAUAUAGCAAAUAUCACCAUACGCAACAUUAUAAUGGAGAGAGUUAAGAUACCCAUAAGAUUCAGUAGGGGUGCCAAUGACCACCCUGAUGAUGGAUGGGAUUCCAAAGCUCUCCCAAAAAUACGCGGUAUUUUUAUAAGUGAUGUGGUCAGUUUGAAUUCCACAAGAGCCCCAGUAUUAGAGGGUAUUGAAGAUGCACCUUUUGAAAUGGUAUGCAUGAAAAAUGUUAGUGUUCUAGGCCUGGCACCAUCUGCAAGGUGGAAUUGUAAAUAUGUUUCUGGUUUUACUGAUGGAGUAAACCCGACUCCAUGUCCUCAGUUGCAGUAUAAUGGCUCCUCAUCUUUGUGUUCGUACUCUUGAGGUUCCGCGAACAGAUUCAUACAGAUAGACAGACAGAUCGGAUUAGAUACAUGCAGAUGGAUAAAUUGGACUAGAUAUUGAGCGUUCACUUGAAUUGCAGUUGACAAUUGAAAACCCGAAGUUUGCUUCGAACAUAUUAGACAUGCUCGUGAGCCACAUUCAUGUUUUUGCAACUCAUAUGAAUUGGUAAUCGUGGUAUGGUUGGGUAAAAGUCUGAAGCUUGGUAUUCUUGCUGAUGAGAUUGCAGUAUCAAUGCAUUGUUGGCCUUACGACGGCCUAAACCUCCUGUGGAGACCAAUCAUUCAAGUGCAAUUGGACUGGCUUGACUAGAGUGAUAUUUUUCAUGAUCACCGGGAAAAUAGUUUCUGCUCACAGUUUUCUUAUUGAACAAUUUAUGUUUUGUAAUUUCACAAUUUUUGUUCAUUUUUUUUUUCACCAUACAGUCAAUCUCAGGAUAUAGAAAUGGAGUAUGUUUAACCCUAGGUCCCUAACCAACAAUUUUUGUGAAAAGAGUACUGCAACAUAUGCGGAAAAUUGUAAUAUUAUUUCAUUGAUGAAUAUGUUGAUAUUGUCCGCUGAACUAUCUUUCAAGUUUGAGGCAAGAAAUGGAUGAUACCAUGAGUUGUACACUAUAUUGUCAUUACGUAUCAAGUAUACUGGAGUUUGCGGCUGGAAUCACUAAACAGGAUGAAUGGGUAUUAGCAUUACUGUCCUCUCUAUGGUUAUAAAUCUUUUUUUUUUUUUUCUCUAGUUUUUACUCCUUAUCUGUGGCUAUAAGACCUAAAACUUAUACAGUUUCUGUGUUAGUGUAACCUAGGGCAUGUAAGAAAAUCCGUGCCAUGUAACAUAUCAGAUGUGAUCAUUUUUAACUAAGAUCAAAAUUCUGGGCACAUUCUGUCCAUAAUUUCCCAAGAAUUACUAGGUGUAGAACAAGGAUCAAGCAAUAAAACUUAGAAACAGAGAAAAGACGACAGAACAAAUAGAGUACAAGUCUUAAUGGAAAUUAAAUACAUGUUGGGGAGAAUUUGAUUGACACAUUGACACACGCAAGCAGCUUUCACACUUCACCAUUUCCAGAACACAUUGGAACCACACUUGAACUUGUCCUUUCCUUCGCACUCCAACGCCAAAUCCUCAGAUAAAAA